CAAAUUAACUACUACUUUUUCUUGAUUUUCCUCUUCCACUCUCUUCAUCACCAUCAUUACCAUAACCCUCUCUCCCCCUAAUCUCUCUCUUAAUUGGGGGGUGAGGAUCAUAAUCAUAUUCAUAUUAAUACCCUCCCACAUUCUUUCUUUCUGUCUACUUUUCAAAAUCAAAAAGGAACAUGCAAGUUUGCAACUAGGUAUUUGACCAAAUAGGAUCAUCAAGUUCCUAUAGAACCCAUCACUAUUUCAUAAGCCAAACACAAAUACAUAACACACCACUCUCCUCAAACCAAACAACUCUGUUAUGUCAUGAUGAUUUUUUUCUCCUUGUAUUUCCCAAUCCUCCUCUCACUUUCUCUUUCUUUCUUCCUCCAUGCCUUCAACAAACACAUUCACUCUUUCUUUGCCCUUAUCUCCACCUUCAACACUACUACCAAUUACAAGCUUCAGAAAAAAUGCCACCACCCAAUUUCAUCCACCGCCAAUGUUCUUCCCCUUCCUCCACCACCGCCGAUAGGUGGUGGGAUCGGAAGGUUGGUGAUGUGUACAGAGAGUCUUGGAUUCGAGAGCUUUGAGAUCGAGAAUGAUGAUGGUGAUGACAACAAUAUGAUCUACAAUGAUAGUGAAGGUGAGGUGGAGGAAGAGGGAGGAGGGGCAGCGGCGGAGGGGAGGGAGGAGGCGUUUCCGCCGCCGCUUUCGUCGCUAGACGGCAACGGUCAGCCUAGUUUUGUUCUGUUACCGGUUAGGAAGGAUGGAAGGUUACAGCUCAGCAAAGUGAGAGUGAAGAGACCAGAAAUUCUCCGUGCCACAAGGCAAGAUGGACGGUUGAGAUUGUAUCUCGUUCCAGAUGAGGAAUGCAUGGUAGAUGAUGACAUGGAACAAGAGGACUGUGAAGAGGAAGAACCAGAGGAAGUUGGAGUAGAAACAGAGGAAGAAGAAACAGAGGAAGUGGUUGAAAUGAUUAGUAGAUAUUGUGAGGAAGAAGAAGAAGAAGAAGAUAGGGUUAGAGAGAGGGAGUUUCCUGCAAGUGGAAGGGGUAAUGAAUGGUUUAGGGGGUGUCACCAAGUGGUGCAUCACAUUCAAUGCCAUCAACAUGUUCAUAGUAGCCACCACCAUAACCACCACCUGCGUAUGUAUGGAGUUGGAAUUGCAUGAACAUAUAAUUUGGCAUGUUAAUUAUAUUACAAUGGAUAUAAAUAACUUUGACAAUAAAAUUCAUUAGUUUUGCCUCAUCUUGAAUGUUAUAAUUUGUAGUUUUGUACUCUGUGUGUGAAAUAUUCUGCUACAAUUUCUUAUUCACAAGAGAGCACACAGAGGUGAUGUUGCUCUACAUAAAUAGGAUAUACAUAGUAAAAGUCUAUUAAUACCCCCCAAAUAUACUCACAAUUAGUGAGAUGAGAGUUGAAGGUAGAGAAAUGGGUGUAGGCAACAAAAUAUCAUGGAGUAAGAGCUAGCAUAGUUGAAGCUUCUGAGUAUUCAUGAUAUUCAUACAAUU